AUGGUUGCCAACCUGCAGGUGGGAGCCCCGCCCCGGCUGUGUGAUGUGCUGUGGGUGCUGCAGGAGGAACGAGACCAGUGCCUGCAGGAGCUCGAGAGAGAGCGGCUGGGACGCCCAGGCGAGGAGCAGCCAGUGCCAGGCUGCCAGGGGCUGUGGGACAACGUGAGCUGCUGGCCUUCCUCUGCUCCAGGGCGGACGGUGGAGCUGGAGUGCCCCAGGUUCCUGCGGAUGCUCUCAAACAGCAAUGGUUCCCUGUUCCGGAACUGCACGCAGAAUGGCUGGACGGAAACCUUUCCCAGACCGGAUCUGGCCUGUGGAGUGAGCAUGAACGACUCAUCCCACGAGAGACAGCACGCCUACCUGCUGAAGCUGAAGGUCAUGUACACAGUGGGCUACAGCUCCUCCCUGGUGAUGCUGCUGGUCGCCCUGGGCAUCCUCUGCGCCUUCCGGAGGCUGCACUGCACCCGCAACUACAUCCACAUGCACCUGUUCCUGUCGUUCAUCCUGCGCGCCCUGUCCAACUUCAUCAAGGAUGCCGUGCUCUUCUCCUCGGACGAUGCCAUCCACUGUGAUGCCCACAGGGUGGGCUGCAAGCUCGUCAUGGUCUUCUUCCAGUACUGCAUCAUGGCCAACUACGCCUGGCUGCUGGUGGAGGGCCUCUACCUGCACAGCCUCCUCGUCGUCUCCUUCUUCUCGGAAAGGAAGUGCCUCCAGGGCUUUGUGGUCCUGGGAUGGGGUUCCCCAGCCAUGUUUGUGACUUCGUGGGCUGUCACCAGGCACUUUCUGGAAGACGCUGGGUGCUGGGACAUCAACACCAACGCAGCCAUCUGGUGGGUCAUUCGAGGGCCUGUGAUCCUCUCCAUCCUGAUUAACUUCAUCCUCUUUAUAAACAUCCUAAGAAUCCUGAUGAGAAAACUCAGAACCCAGGAGACAAGAGGACAAGACAUGAACCAUUACAAGCGUCUGGCCAGGUCCACCCUCCUGCUGAUCCCCCUCUUCGGCAUCCACUACAUCGUCUUUGCCUUCUCCCCCGAGGACGCCAUGGAGGUCCAGCUGUUUUUCGAAUUGGCGCUCGGCUCAUUCCAGGGGCUGGUGGUCGCCGUCCUCUACUGCUUCCUCAACGGGGAGGUGCAGCUAGAAGUUCAGAAGAAGUGGCAGCAGUGGCACCUCUGGGAGCCGCAGCUCUGCCCUGUGGCCCUCAGUUCCUCCUUCAGCAAUGGCACCAGCAGCCUCAACAGCACCAAGUCCUGCCCCUCGGGGCGCAACCGGGACACUUGCAGGGUCAGCAUCAUCUGA